AUGAUGGAAACAAAUGAUACUGAUGAAACUUUAACGUCUAAUGAUUGUUCUGAUUAUCAUGAAAGUUUUGAUGAUUUAAUUGAUAUUUAUGGACGAACACCACCACGUGAAAAAGUCAAUAGAAAAUUACGUGUAAAAGGAAAAAAUAAAAAAGAAAAACGACGAAUAUCAAGGAUGCAAGCUUGUGAUCAGGAAAGUCGUCAAUGUAAACGUCUUCUUAAAUUAAAUCGUGUUAAUGAGAGAGAUUCAAAGCUUGAUAUUGAAGCUGCAAAUCAAUAUAUUCAAGGAAAAAAUAGAUUUCUAUCAUUACGUUCAAAACUUGUAGAAAUUGAUCAACCAAAAUCAUCAAAAGAAAUUUAUAUAUAUCCAAAAAUUAACAGCCUAAAUGAUGAUCAAUCAAAAAUUAUAUCUCCAAAUGAUCGUGAAUUAUUUCAUCUGACAUUUUCACAGCUAAUAAAUUUGGGUAAUAAAGACAAAGACAAAGGAUAUCAAAGAGAUGAAGAAAAAAUAAGAUGGCAAAAUGAAAUUAAAGAUUUAAUAUGGCUUGAGCUUCAAGCUUAUCAUUCAGACAGAAAUCUUAUUGAACAAGAUGAAUACUUGUGUAGACAACGUGAAACAAUUGGCUCAUUGUUAAACGAAAUAAUGGAGUACAAAUAUGAUCCAUCAUCAUCAUGUACAUCAGACAAUUCAGUGUCAAAUGACAGUGGAUAUAAUGAUGAAUCAAAAUCAUCAUGUACUGGUUGUCUAUCAAUGUAUUGUUAUCAUUGUGGUAAAUCACAAAUAACAGCAUUAAAACAAGUUGAAAGUCUACUUUUACGUCUUGAAGAAGCUGAAUCACUCUAUCCAAAUUCACAAGCAUUUUCCCUUGAUUAUGAACUAUACAAAAGUAAAAAAUUUUGUGAUAAAAUCAAGGCAAUAUGUCUCUGGUAUAACAUCACAAAAUAUCACAGAUUUAAAUUACAUAUACUUGGCAGAUUAUUCACCAAACGUGAACAAAAUUCAUUAGAUAUUAAUAAUAAUGAUGAAAAAUAUUUAAAAUCAUUUAUACCAUUGACUCCUGAUGAAUCAUCAUUUAAAGAAUUUGAUCGACAAAGUUAUCGUAAAUAUAUUGAAGAAGUAUUAAAAACACAAGGCUUAACAAAAAGUUUAAAUUUUCUUGAUCGUUUGUAUAAUACAAUAUUACAAAAAACAAAUUUAACAUUAAAAAAAUUAAAUAAUAGCAUUGAUUAUUAUGUUAAUAAUGAUAAUUGGGAAUCACAAAGAUAUGGUGUAUGGAGUAUUGAAGCUAAAGAAUUAAAUUUACCAUCAUAUGUAUCGUCAUUUAUAUUUUUAUCACGUGUACCACUUGAUGUUGUACAUGAAUAUUUACGUUUACGUUUAGAACAAAAAUUAAUUAAUCUAGAGCCAUUAUCAAUUAGAGAAUUAAUGAGAGAAAUUAAAGAGGGCAUUGGUAUUGCAUGUAUGCAUCGUGAUAAAUUUGUUGAAAAUUCAAAAAUAGUAUUAUCACUUGAUGAAUCAUUUCAUGAAUCAUUGGACACAAUACCACCUGAUUUUCAAGAUGUUGGGGAGUUUGAUAAUAAUUUAAAAUUAGUAUUUGAAGUUUAUCUUAAUUAUUUUGGUAAUUGGAUUGGAAUUGUACUUAAUAAUAAUAUUUGUUACAAGUCAAUUGAUACUGAAUGGAUAUUUGUUAAAAAUAUAACAAGUAAAAUUAAAAAUGGCUAUAAUAUUUGUGGUGCUAAAUUUUGUAAAAUUAUUAAUACAAUUAUCAAAGAAAUUAAUGAAUACUCAAAAGUAUUUGAUACAAAUGAACAAGAUUUUAAUAUUAUUAAAAUAAGAUUACGUCAAAUAUUUCAUCAAGCAUUUCGUAUGGGUUUUAAUUAUUACAAAGGUUUGUCUGAUUUAUUUUCAUUAAAUGAUAGAUUCAGUAUUGCUUAUGAUUUGACAAAUUUCGCUAAGCUAUGGAUGAAUUUUGUGAUAGAAAGAUGUGAUAGAGGACGUGGUAUACGUCCAGGUUGGGCGUAUGAUGGUUUUAAAUUUUUAACAAUUGUAUGUGAUCCAUCAAAUACAAAACAUCUUCAUGAUGAUGAUUUUGAAAAUUUUAAAACAGCCAUGGAUUGUUGUAUAACACAUAUUAUCGGUGACAAUGAUAGCAAUAUUGAAUCACCAAUAUGUUUAUCACCAUCAGUUCAAUCAAGCAUAAAAUCAUGCAAUAAUGUUAAAUCACCAGUUGAUGCUACAACAAAUAAUAAACGUUUAAAUUCAUCAUCAAUUGAUGACAAUACAACAGGAGAAUUUGAUUCAACAACAAUGAGCCAACGUAGCUUUAAAAAACAUAAAAAAAUAAUGAUAUCAUUAAAUAAACUUGACAUGGAAAUUGAUGAGAAUAAAAAAAAAUAUGGACUUAUUGGACAUUCAGUUGAUUCAGUUGAUAGAAAAAAUAUAAAUGAUAUUAAAUUUAAAAUUAAAAAAAUAACAUUUAGCUGGCAUCGUGGUAUUUGCAUUGGUCAAGGUGCAUUUGGUAAAGUUUAUACUGUUGUUAAUAACAAAACUGGUAAGCUACUUGCAAUGAAAGAAAUACAAUUACAAUAUGGUAAUAGAAAUUCAGUAAAUAAUGUCAUUAAAGAAUUACAAAUAUUUCAAGGUAUUGAACAUAAAAAUUUAGUACGUUAUUAUGGUAUGGAAAUUCAUAGAGAAGAGUUAUUAAUAUUUAUGGAAUUAUGUCCUGAAGGAACUCUUGAAAAUUUAAUAAAAGCUCAUGGUACUAAAUUGUUAGAUGUAUUUGUUAGAAAAUAUACUCAUCAAUUGGUACUUGGAGUAUCUGUUCUUCAUGAGCAUGGUAUUGUUCAUAGAGAUAUUAAAACAGCAAAUAUAUUUUUAACAAAUCAGGGUAAUUGCUUGAAACUUGGUGAUUUUGGAUCUGCUGUUAAAAUAAAUACACAUGUUACAAUGCCAGGUGAAAUAAAAGGUUGUGUUGGUACAGAGGCAUAUAUGGCACCAGAAGUAUUCAUGAAAAAUGACAGUGGAAGAGCUGCUGAUAUUUGGUCAAUUGGAUGUUGUGUCAUUGAAAUGAGCAGUGGUAAAAGACCAUGGAAUGAUUAUAAUACACGUGGACAAAUUAUGUUUAAAGUUGGAAUGGGUGAAAAUCCAAAAAUACCAGAUAAUAUCACAAAUGAUGAAGUUGAUUUUUUACAUAAAUGUCUACAAAGAAAUCCCAAAGAUCGACCAACUGCUAAUGCAUUAUUAUCACAUAUGUUUAUACGGAAUUUUGGUGAUAUUCAUAUUGAAUAA